AUGCGGUUCUUGAAGUGGCUGAAGAGGUGUUUCUGCUGCUGCUCAAGUUGCGGACGGAAGAAGAGGAGGAAGGAGGACAAGCACACCGGAGAUUCGUUUACAGGCCCAGGCCCCAGUGGCCAAGAGAAGAGCCAACUGGAAAGAAGAUCUCAGAGGACUGCCCUCAACAUCCAGGACUUCGAUUUCCUGGCAGUCCUGGGGCAAGGAGGUUUCGGGAAGGUCUUCCUGGCGGAAUACAGGCCCAGGAAGACGCUGCUGGCCGUGAAGACCCUGAGGAAGGCAGCAGUGCAAGACAUCAGGCGGCUGGAAACAGAGAAGCGGGUGCUGGAGGGCAACACGCAGCGGAAGCACCCCUUUGUCAUCCACCUCUUUGGGUGCUUCCAGACUGCCACCCACGUUGCCAUGGCGGUAGAGUACGCGCCCGGAGGAGACCUGCGGCACUACCGCCAGAAGAAGAAGAGGAAGCCUUUCAAGGAGCCCUGGGUCAGGUUCUGUGUCGGCUGCAUCACGCUUGGCCUGGAACAUCUCCAUUCUUCCAACAUCAUUUACAGGGACCUGAAGCUGGACAACCUCGUCAUCAAUCGGGACGGCUACAUUAAGAUCACGGACUUUGGCCUCUGCAAAGAAGGCAUCGGCUACGGGGACAGGGCUUUGAGUCGCUGUGGCACCCCUGAAACCAUCGCCCCCGAGAUCGUCAACCGCAAGCCGUACACCAGAUCCGUCGACUGGUGGAGCCUCGGGGUUGUCAUCUACCAGCUGUUCACCGGAAAGAACCCGUUUGAUGGAGACAACCUGAGACUGCUGGCCAACAUCAUCACAGCCCCUGUGAAAUAUCCAGCAGCUCUGUCGGAGGAAGCCGUUUCCAUCAUGUCCCAGCUAAUGCAGAAGAACCCCCAAGCUAGAUUGGGCAGCGGAAAGCGUGAUGCGGCUGACGUCAAGGGCCACCUCUUCUUCCAGGAGUUCGCGUGGGAAGACCUGCUCCAGCGACGGAUGACAUCUCCCUUCGGCCCCGUGGAAAAACAACACCGGCUUGACCCGAAGUCCGUCCGUGACAUCUCCCUUCUCAGCUCAAGUGCUGCAGAUGCCUUGGAGAUGCACUUCGAAGGGUUCAGCUGCAUAGCUGAGGGGGCUCUCUCCAUCAGCCCCAGCAGCCAGCCUCCAUCUCUGGCUCCAUCUUCUGUUGGCCAGUUCCCACCUGCGGCUUCACCUCCUCCCAGCCGGCCGCCAUCUCCGGCUUCAAGCACCGGGGCCGCUCCAUCCCUGCUUGAGCCCUCAGCCCUCAGCUGCAGCCUCUGGACGGACCCGGAGAGGAGGACGGACUGCGCCGUGGCCCGAGCAGCUAGCCUGCCAAACAUGUACGGCUCCCCGUCCCCUUCCCCAGGGAAAGGGCUGAGAUGGGUUCUGGCCGCUUCGGCGGAAAUGGAAGCCAGGGGCCCUGAUGCACGUUUGCUCUCCUUGCAGCUGCGGUCACCAGCAGGACUCCUCUUUGUCCCUUCCACGCGGCUCUUCAAGGUGCCAAACAACGGUACGCUUUCCUCUUUCCUCUCCCUUUAG